UUAGGAGCCUCUUUAUUUACCCUUAGUUUAGUUUAGGUGUAGGCAUUACUGAGCGCACUGAAAACGGAUAACGCUAAUUUGGAUGGUGCGCAAAUGGCACAUCAGUUGUAACCCGAGAUUGAGGGAGUACAUGUCAAAAAAGUAUGCUUUUCACAGAGGACACUAUCGCAAGGCUUUGCAUGGUGUCCAAGGCACUCACUAGUAUUUAAGUUUUAUUUUUUUAUUUAUUUUACGCGUGCUUUUUUUUUUUUUCUUUCCUGCAAUUCAAUUUUCCUUAAGUUCUUCGCGAAUUGUAUUGCGGCGGAGAGAGCGACAAAGGGGUUAAAGAGAGUAAAGCGGGGGAAAGUGAAUCAGUAUGGAAGAAAAUGAUCACGGCAACAGAGACGUGGUGGAGCGGCAGGAGUCGGCGAAUGAAUCAAACAGAGCCAUCCUUCCCCUGCUACAGGCGCCGGGGAACCCGCAGAUCCCUCACCGGGUCACCAAUUUCUUCAUCGACAACAUCCUGCGGCCGGAUUUCGGAAGGAGAAAGGACGGGGCUGCGAACCGCGAAGAGAGUAAUAGCCUUGCGUCGCGGGAGAGCCACGACAGCCCCGCCGCCCCUCAGACCGAGCCAGUGGGGAGCACGGUGCCGGCGGAGGGGACCUCCACUCCACACACGGUUACCGGGUCCAAGAAGCCCACCAUAGCCGCCGAUGAGCCCCUGCAACCCCGCGGGGAGAACGGAGACCAGUGCCUAAGCUCAGACUCAGACAGUUCCCAAGCCAGCUCAAACCCAGCCACGUCUCAGCAGAUGCUGUGGCCAGCCUGGGUCUACUGCACCAGAUACUCGGACAGGCCUUCUUCAGGGCCAAGAUCUCGCAAACCAAAGAAGAAAACGACCAGCAAAGAGGACAAGCGACCACGGACGGCCUUCACAGCAGAGCAGCUGCAAAGACUAAAAUCGGAGUUUCAGACAAACCGGUAUCUGACCGAGCAGAGGCGGCAGAACCUGGCGCAGGAACUGGGCCUGAACGAGUCCCAGAUCAAGAUCUGGUUUCAGAACAAGAGGGCCAAAAUCAAGAAGGCCACCGGCUCCAAAAACAGCCUGGCCUUGCACCUGAUGGCACAGGGACUGUACAAUCACGCCACCGUCACGUCGAAGGACGGUGAAAAAUCAGACAGCGAUUGAUUUCCAGAGAAGUAACAGCAGCCCCCUGACGAAAAAGAACCUAUAGUAAUCCUAUAUCGGGUUUUUUGUUGUUGUUGUUUUUUUUUCUUCUUCUUUUUUUUUUUUUUACAGAUAUCACAGUAAAACUCUACAGGAAUAUUUAAAGACAUCACAGCAGAUUAAAAAAAAUAUCACAAAUUAAUAUUUCUAUCACUUUAAAAAAAAAACGUUGACCCACUGCAGAUCUAUACUGGGUCCAGGAAACCAUAAUUUAAAGAAAAUAUACUACAAAUGAACACAGGAAUAUUUAAUGAUCUGUGUGUUCCUAAAGGAAUAUUAUAGUGAUUUUUCGUGAUGUGGGAGGUUUAAUCGAGCCUACAAUGCAAUAAUUUCAUCGAAUAAAGGGCCAGUCUGUAGUAUACCAGCAUAAAUUGUAAAAAAAAAGAAGAAGAUAUUUCUGCAAUAUCACGUCUAUGAAAUAUGUUGUAUAAAAGGUUGUUGUUUUUCAUUGUUUGUCGCCCCCCCCUCCCCUCACCCCACCCCCCAGGAGGUACAAAUGCUUACGCCCUUCAUUUUUAUAUUGGCCUACUGCUAUCCAUGAUUGUCAUCAUUUUACAUUUUAACUGGCACUUGACGUUUCGAUCUGUCAGAGAGGUGAACAAACUUAAAUCCAAAGAAUAUUUUUCUGCUGCAUCCAGGCUACUGUGAAUUUUGAAUAAAUGCUAACAUGGUUUUAUUGCCACGCUUGUCGGUUUCCUUGGUUGUGUUUCUAUGUAAAAUGGACAGAUUGAGCAGAAAAUUAAUUUUAAUGUUGUUUUUUUUGUUUUGUUAAAUCUUUGUUUAAUUAAAGAAAAACAAUUAUUCACAGGAACGGUUUAUUAUUAGAAGUGACUGAGAGGUAGCAACUUUUUUCUAACACGCCACUUCACUAAAAUGCUGACUUAAGCCUUGUUUAUAUGUAUGUGGUCGUCUCAUAGCCUUUAAACAACUAUUAUGUGCGUAUUCCUUUCGUUAUACCAAUGCAUCAGAGCAGCUAUUAUAGUUUUUAAUAGCAAUAUAAAUCAUUGUUUUGUAGCUGAACAAAUUUAAGGCUAUAAUGCUGCCUUUAAUCACAGAAACAACUCUGUAGCAUAAAGACAAUGAUGACAACCAUUUUGCGCACUCUUGAGUAUAUAAAAGCAGGUUAUUGGAUGUUCUUGUUGAAUCUUUCUCUAUAUACAUUUUUAUUGCAUAUCCAUAUAUCAUAAAUGAAAGGCAAAUCCGUCAGUGACUGUAUUACAAAUGUUGGAAAUCUCGUUGAAAGGACUUCAUGUGUAUUUAUAUAGAUUAUAUUGAGAAAAAAAAUCUAUCCAAUGACCAGUGUUGCUUUAGAGUAGAUAUCUGAGGUGUUUACACUGCUUGUUUAUCUUGCAAUAACUUCUUUUUUGUUUGUUUCCUUUUUUUUUUGUGAAUGAAAAAUAGUUUAUGGGGCCUUUGCAUGAAAGCUGCAAUUUGUUGUACUUGGGCAAAUAACUGUGUUUAUAAACUUUGGUCUUCACUGACUGAGUAUGAUCGAGCUAAGUUUUUGACUGUAUCCAUACCAAAUUGUGGACUUUUUGCCUUUCAAUGUUUUUUGUUGUGUACCUGCAAAAAGUGUGUGUGAAUUAAAAUCCACCAAACAGAGACACACUUUGCCUUAAAGUUCACGUGUGAACUUUUUCUGAAACAGAACUGUGCCGAAUCAGAGAAGCAGUAUUACUUCAAAUGCAGACUAUUCAAGUUGAAUGCCUUUUAUGAAAACUGCUGGUACGACAUUAUGAAUUUACUCAUCAGCGUAUAUCUAUCUAUAUAUGAACAUGUUUAAAUAAAAUUACAACACAGAGUUGUAGAAUACAAUGCUAUUUUUUAUUUUAUGUUGGAAGUAUUCUUUGGUAUAAAUGUACAUAAUUUGUAUCAUGUAUUAAUUGUGUAAUUAACUGCCUCCUGAAAACUGCAAAAGAAGAGUAAAUAAAGCUUGAAGAUUAUA